UUCAAACUAUGUAUUUUAAUAACUUCACAAAUAUUGUUCAAUUAUUUAACAUACAAUUAGAUGUUAAUUAGAGAGUGAACACAAUAUAAAUAAUACCAAAAUGCGUUCAAGUAUGCCUUUCUGGUAUUACGACAAGAAGGAAAUCCGCAAUAGUCCUUCUUGUCAGGAUGGAAUUGAUUUCGAUACUGAAAGCCGCUACCGAAAGGAAGGAACUAGGUUUAUCAUAGAUACUGGAACAAAAAUGGACCUCGGAUAUAAUACAAUGGCGACAGGUGUAGUGUAUUUUCAUAGGUUUUAUAUGUUUCAUUCAUUCAGAACAUUUCCAAGAUACGUCACUGCAUGUUGCUGCCUGUUACUAGCAGGAAAAGUUGAAGAAACGCCUAAAAAGUGCAAAGACAUAAUAAAAACUGCUAAAGGUUUAUUGCCUGAAGACAAGUUUGCCGCAUUUGGUUCAGACCCCAAAGAAGAGGUUCUUACAUUAGAGCGAAUAUUGCUGCAGACAAUUAAGUUCGACUUGCAAGUAGAUCACCCUUAUGCAUACUUGCUUCGAUAUGCAAAGUGUCUCAAGGGUGAUAAAAAUAAAUUACAAAAAAUGGUACAAAUGGCUUGGACUUUUGUGAACGAUAGCUUGUGCACUACAUUGUGUUUACAGUGGGAGCCUGAAGUUAUAGCAGUUGCUCUGAUGUACUUAGCUGGUAAACUUAGUAAAUUUGAAGUUACAGACUGGAACGGUAGGACUACUAGACAUACACGUUGGUGGGAUAUGUUUAUAGAAGAUGUUACAUUAGUAUUAGAAGACAUAUGCCAUCAAGUUCUAGAUUUAUACUCACAACCAAAUCCUACAACAGUGCCAGAUAGUCCACCAUUACCUGCUAAACCCAAAAACCCCUGA